AUGGCGCGGGUGCUGGGGAGUGGAUGGAGGAAUUUCAGCCUCGAGCGCCAGCAGGCCUCCCGAAUUGUGGCUCCGGCCUAUCGGAAUGCCCCGUCGACAGAAGCGCCGGGUUGGCACAGGAAUGCGCGGCAGUGUGACGGCGGAAAUUUGCAGGUCGACUUUACAAAUAUAAAGAUACAGCAUAUUUUGCCCAACCUGACACAAGCCCAUAAUAUACGCAUCACUAUGAUCCCUCUUCAAUGCGCACCCCCUCCCCCGCCAUCUUCCGAACUCCCAGGCCUCGUGGGCGCGCCUGCCUCCGUGCGGGCGUGGGCGGCCUCGCUCCCUGGCAUUCCCGGCCCGUCCGUGCCCGAGACCCGCCCGGCGAGGCGUCAGCGCGACGGCGACGGCGGAGGCGAUGAGGCUGCGAGCGCUGGUGGUGGUCGUGGCGUGGGCGGCGUGGGUGGCCGCGGACGCCGCCCGCUGAGUCUCCAGAGGUGGUGGGCGUGGGCGGCGCCUGGAGGGGCGGGCGCGUGCCGUGGUCGACUGGGGCCGCGGGCGCGGCGGACGGGCGUCCUCGUCGGCUUCCGCGCGUCGCCGCCGCCGCCCGCGCCCCGCCGGGCGACGACAGCGGCGGCGGCGGGCGACACGGUGGUGCGCCUCGUCGUCAUGAGCUCAGAGCUGCCGGCGCUCGAGGACGACUCGUUCGGCAACGUGAGCUUCACGCACGCGCACGUCAAGUACAACCACGCGCUGGCCCGCGUGUCGCCGCACGCGCUGCGCUCGUCGCACGCCACGCUGCGGGUGCUGGACCUGCGCAACAACAACCUGACGGCGUUCCCGCUGGCGGAGCAGCUGGCCGCCUUCCGCCGGCUGCAGUACCUCUCCGUGGACGACAACGGCGUGGAGGCCGUGCCCGAGGGCGUGUCCGGCCUCGAGCAGCUCCUCCACCUCAGCCUCGCCAACAACCGCGUGGAAUCCCUCCACCCGCGCGCCCUCACCAGCCUCCCGUCGCUGCUCCACCUCGACCUCCACUCCAACCGCCUCCUCGCCCUCCCGCCGCAGCUGUCCGCCCUGCCCGCCCUGCGUUCGCUCCUGCUGUGGGACAACCCCUUCACCACGCUGCCCGCCGGAUUUCUCGGAGGACUCCACAGUCUGGAAUUCCUUGACUUGAGCUACACAGGCGUGAAGGAGAUCCAGCCCACCCUUGCUAACCACCUACUCCGUCCCCUGGUUUUCAACCUCAAGCGUACACCCAUCACCGAACUCACAUCUUCGGCUUUUAUUAAUGGAUUUCUCGGAGGACUCCACAGUCUGGAAUUCCUUGACUUGAGCUACACAGGCGUGAAGGAGAUCCAGCCCACAGCCCUUGCUACACCUACCUCCGUCCCCUGGUUUGUCAACCUCAAGCGUACACCCAUCACCGAACUCACAUCUUCGGCUUUUAUUAAUGGCUCUCUACCCUAUUGGCUGGACUUGCGCGAAACUGGCCUUCGUAGCCUAGACCAGUCAUUCCAAGCCAUCCUACAGCACAUGGCCAGCAAGAACAUUGUGCACAUCGACUGGGGGAAGCCUCAGCUAUGGUUAGAAAAUGAGGACUUGGCGUGCGACUGCAGUAUCAAGUGGCUUGUAACUAAUGCCACACUCCUGAAACACGUGUCCGGCCGGUGCAACGACAAGAACAUCAACCUGCGUUUCCUUGACCCUGACUACUUUAACAUUUUCUGUUUUUAAGGAGACUGCAUUCCUCAACCUUGGACUGUUAGAACCUAGAGUUUUUUUCCAUUUCAUUUCAGAGUCUGUCUUGACCACAUAUAGGUUUAAAUGGAUUAUUUAAAAUUAUCUGCAAUGUCAGC